AAGGAGGAAUGGACUGUGGGCCACCUGCAACCCUCCAGCCUCACCUGGCUGAACCUCCUGGCACUGGCCGUCGCCCGGUAGCCGUGUGCCAGCAGGAAAGCUUGUCCUUUGUGGAACUGCCCACCCUGCAGCCUACAAGGCCAGUGUGCGUGGACCUUUUCCCCAUUGCUCCCGAGGAGCUACAAGCUCCUGGUAGCCGCUGGUCCCUGGCGACCCCUGCCCCUCUCCAAGGACUGUCAUGGCCGCCAUCCCCAGGAGGCCCAGAUACCCAUAUCUCCACCAGCGGAGGAAUGAGACCCAGCAGGGCUGGCAGCUGGCCCCACUGUCCUGGUGCCCAGCCCCCAACUCUGGUGGGACCCUGGAGCUCUCAACACAUGCCGCCCCAGCGCAGGGCCAGCCACGGUGGCUCAGAGAAGAAGUCAGCCUGGCGCAAGAUGCAAGUGUAUCAUAAUGAAGAGGCCACGGGUGGUACUGAGACCCCCACGGGCCUUCUGGAGACUGGCCAGGCUGCACAAGAGCAGACUCUGUGUGCGGAAGUGCCCAGACCACAGGAGCUUUCCGGAAACGUCAGAGGGGGUCUUGAGGCUCAGGAGCGAAGACGCUUCUCAGCCUCUGAACUGAUGACAAGGCUGCACUCGUCUCUGCGCCUCGGGCGCACGGCCACCAGGGCUCUGACUUCAGGGUCAGGUGCUGGAAUCGCCCGGGAAGGGAAACUGCCUGUGAGGGAAUCCCGAAGAGCGGAGAUGAGGGUGGACAGUGUGUCGCUGCCAGCACCUGUGGACCCAAAUGAGGUCCACGGUGGUCUACUGGAGCCUAGGCUGGACCCGCACGAAAAGCCCUCUCAGGAUCCCAGCAGCGCCACCGAGCGGCGCCAGUCCCGCUUUCUCCUUAACUCUGUCCUCUACCAGGAGUACAGCGACGUGGCCAGCGCGCGCGAGUUGCGGCGGCAGCAGCGCGAGGAGGAGGGCCCUGGGGACGGGGCGGAGGGCGCGGAGGAGGGGCCCGGGCCACCGCGCGCCAACCUUUCCCCGAGCAGCUCCUUCCGCGCGCAACGCUCGACCCGAGGCUCCACCUUCUCGCUGUGGCAGGACAUCCCCGACGUGCGCGGCAGCGGCGUCCUGGCCACGCUGAGCCUGCGCGACUGCAAAUUGCAGGAGGCCAAAUUUGAGCUGAUCACCUCGGAGGCCUCCUACAUCCAUAGUCUAUCGGUGGCCGUGGGCCACUUCCUAGGCUCCGUGGAGCUGAGCGAGUGUCUGGGGACUCAGGACAAGCAGUGGCUAUUUUCCAAACUGCCCGAGGUCAAGAGCACCAGCGAGAGGUUUCUUCACGAUCUGGAACAGCGUCUAGAGGCCGACGUGCUGCGCUUCAGCGUGUGCGAUGUGGUUCUGCACCACUGCCCCGCCUUCCGCCGGGUCUACCUGCCCUAUGUCACCAAUCAGGCCUAUCAGGAGCGCACCUACCAGCGCCUGCUCCUAGAGAACCCCAAGUUCCCCGGCAUCCUGGCUCGCCUGGAAGAGUCCCCUGUGUGCCAACGGCUGCCUCUCACCUCCUUCCUCAUCCUGCCCUUCCAGAGGGUCACUCGCCUCAAGAUGCUGGUGGAGAACAUCUUGAAGCGGACAGCACCAGGCUCCCAAGACGAGGACAUGGCCACCAAGGCCUUCAGUGCACUCAAGGAGCUGGUGCAGGAAUGCAACGCCAGCGUGCAGUCCAUGAAGAGGACUGAGGAGCUCAUUCACUUGAGUAAGAAGAUCCACUUCGAGGGCAAGAUCUUUCCGCUGAUCUCCCAGGCCCGCUGGCUGGUGCGGCACGGAGAGCUGGUGGAGCUGGCCCCCAUGCCCGCCGCACCGCCCGCCAAGCUGAAGCUGUCCAGCAAGGCCGUCUACCUUCACCUCUUCAACGACUGUCUGCUGCUGUCCCGGAGGAAAGAGCUCGGGAAGUUUGCUGUUUUCGUCCAUGCCAAUAUGGCUGAGCUGCAGGUUCGAGACCUGAGCCUGAAGCUGCAGGGCAUUCCGGGUCACGUGUUCCUGCUCCGGCUGCUGCACGGUCAGCGUGCCAGGCACCAGCUGCUGCUGAGAGCACGUACCGAAAGUGAGAAACAACGAUGGAUCUCAGCCUUGCGCCCCUCCAGCCCCCAGGAGGACAAGGAGGUCACCUGUGAUGGAGAAGACCGCCCCCAGGUCCAGUGCGUGAGGACCUACAAGGCCCUGCAGCCGGAUGAGUUGACGUUGGAGAAGACAGACAUCCUGGCAGUGAAGACCCGGACCAGUGAUGGCUGGCUGGAGGGCGUGCGGCUGGCUGAUGGUGAGAAGGGGUGGGUGCCACAGGCCCACGUGGAGGAGAUCAGCAGCCUUAGUGCUCGACUUCGAAACCUCCGAGAGAACAAGAGGGUCACCAGUGCCAGCAGAAAGCUGGGGGACCCGCCUGCCUGACGCUCGCCUGGAGCCCAGCUGGGUCCACUCCUGUGCCGUAGGCUUCUGUGUGUCUGGGGGCUUCUCUGCAGGCGCUGCGUGGUAACAGUUCUGUGAAUACACCCUGGCUGCCUCUGCUUGCAGUCUGACCUGAGGGCCUUCGCACUGGCUUCUCUGCCUGGAGAGCCCCGCCCCAUCAGGAGGGUGCUAGCUGUCUCUAGGUGCCCUGAGGGCAGAGGGGCUGCGUGUCAACCUGCUACUUUCCCCUCCAAGUAGCAAAGUGUCAGAUCCAAGCAGGCUUGAAUAUUAAAGUGACUCCAUGAG